CAAAGGCGCCACAACGGAUAUAUAACAGUUAAAAAUGGCACUAAGUGAAGUGAUUGCUAAGGAAGGUCUUUCUGAGAGAUGGGUGGAGAUAUUUAAAGAUGAACUGGGUAUUAAAACUAUACAAGGAUUGAAAUACAUUGGAAAAGAGUCUUAUCCAUUACUUGUGCAAUUUGUAACCGAGCCAUUAGAGAAAAGAUACUUGUUGAAAUUACUGGGAAUCGAGGCUGCUGAAAAACAAAGCCUAACAAUUAAUUGUACUAAGAUGUUUUUAGGAAAAAAGGAAGAGUUGGAGAAAGCAUUGAAACAAUUAAGAAAUCUGCAAGGUCUUAGAAAGUAUCGGCAAGACAGUGAUGUCCAAGCCGUAGAAAGCGUUUGCCAAGAAAUUCUUCAAGUGCCUGAAGGUGCAUGGUUUGGAGAAAGUUUAAUAUUAGAUGAAGUAAUUGAAAAUGUUUGUGGAAUGAUAAGGUGUUUUGAAAAAGCCCAUGAAGAUGAAGAUUCAAAUGAAUUGCCAUUCUUAUUACAAGUAUCAGGUGGACUUUCAUUAGAUUCCGUAGGCGGCAUUGUAUUGAAAGGGGUUUGGGUCAUAGAAGAAGCAAGUAACUUCGUACUGCGUAGCAGUAAUAUGCUAAAGGCCCCAACUGAUAUUCAGUUAAAUUUCCCAUUGCGUCCACAGUUUACUGAAACAAAGCAUUUUCAAAGUAGAGAGCAGGAAAGGGAAUUCUUUGACCAACUAGCAAAAACUGGUUAUUCGAUGCCUACGACAGAUAAGAUGAACAUAAUAAGAGCAAGCCAAGCCUACUGUUCUACGAUACGCUAUUGUUUCAUGCCAAUGGCUACAUACUAUUUUGAUAAUGAUCAACUCUACCUUUCUGAUUAUGCUUUGUCAAGUCUUUCUGAAAUUGACCGCUUAAUAACAGGUGAUAAGGCAGUAGAAAAAGGUUGCCAAGCGUUUUUUGAAGAAUUUGGUUCACACUGCCUGCAAGGACCAUUUCAUUUUGGAGGUCUAUAUAUUUGCAAAUGCUAUAGCUCUGGGUUCCCUAGUUUUUCCAAUGUUAAAGAGUUAAAAAGGAUACAGGAUGAAGUGAUUAAUGCACAAAUGCGAAUGUGUUUUUCCCCCUGUUAUGAAGAGAUUUGUGUCUCUCAACUUAAGGGGAUAUCAGGACAAGAGAGAUUAAAAAAUAAUGUCAAGUUGCAAGUUAUUACAGUCGGUGGACCUAAAAGAGCAUGUGGUUUUCCUGACUGGAAAAACAGCCUGAGUGGAAGCAAUUGUAGGUGGAAAUUGAUUGAUUGUGGCAUAUCAAAACUUCCUGUGUGGGAUAUUAUUGUUCUUAAUCACAAAAAGCACUUUAAAAAUGUUGAGAAACUAGCAUCGAUGUUAAGGCAGUGCUGGAAAAGGUCUGUUAUGAAAACUAAUGAAGGUGGUAAUGAUAGUCUUCACAAAAAGUUUAGUAAUUUUGUGAAAAGCCUACAACUAGAAGAAGCAAUGGUACAAACACAACUCAAUGCAUUAGUUACCAAAAGAAAAGAAGUAGAACAGCUAACAUGUGAUCCUAGAGCAUGGGCUUUGGAAUAUCUCCCAAUCCUGCAGGAAUACUUCUGUUUCAUUAUAAAAAACUGCAAAGUUGACAAAAUUAAGUCACUGCUUAAACUUGUUGUUGAACCAGUGGAUCUGGGACUUACUGCAAUAUUCCCAUUUGAGUCAAUGGGAUACACAUUGAAGUGCAUAUAUGGCACUGAAAGAGAGCUACCUCAACUACUCUGUGAUGACUUUGUACACUUUGGCAGGUAUAUUGAUCAAGCUGUAGCCAUAGUAUCAUCAAUGCCUGGUGUUCCAUGUCCAUAUCUUAUUGCUAAAGGAACCUCAUUGGUUGAGAGGGCAGUACAAUUACUAAGACAGCACCUUCUGAGAGCUGGACAACCAUAUGAGGAAUGCUUGUUAUUAACAAUUCUUCAUGCUCAGAAAUACAACCCGGAAAACCAAACAUUUUUAGCUCUUGUUUCAAGGAAGGAUUUUGAAAUUUUGAACCAUCAUUUCAAAGCAUGGUCACAGAAUUUUUUUACACUUAACCAACAAAGUGAUUUACAAAAGCAAUCAUAUUUAAUGUACCUAACCGUACAUGUCAGUCACACAAUGGGUGGAACUGAAGAGUGUAUUGAUUUUCAUGUUAAGUUCUUACAACAAAAGCUCAAUCUAAUGCCUGAGAUACAAUCCAUUCUUAAACCAGGAAUAGACUGGGAGAAUUUUCAGACGGUAAUGAAAGAUAUGUGUAACGGUGCUGUCAUUGAUCAAAAUAGGGCGAAAAAUUCACUCCUACCAAGUUCUGAGAUAGAACAACAAAACCAAGUUGAAGUGUUGAAGCAUCCAGUAGAAAAGCACCAACAUAUAUUAGCUACACAACCCCCACCCAAGCCAUUAAGGAAGCCACUUCAACCACAAACACGCAAGGUUCCACCACUAAAAAACACAGGUGAACAUUUCAGUAUGACAGGUAUGGAGCUAAAAUCUUCAAAGCAAACAGAGAACAUUCCAGAUCAAUUUGAACAGCAUACAAGAAUUGGACAAAAACAGUCAAGGAGCCUCAGUACACAGCAUCAACUAACCCCCCCAACUGAACACCCAAUUAGCUUUUUGCUUGAAAAGGUGGGACUAACUGAUUAUUAUCCUCAAAAACUUUCUUGUAGAGAUGCAAUUGAAAUUCGAGAAGAUACAAUAAACCUUGCUAAAAACAAUUGCUCCCAGCUUUAUCCGUUCAUUAUGCUCCAGAAAAUCAUGGCAUUUGAUUCUAAAUGCAGAAUUCCAUUACAUGGACUGCAACACAAUGAAUCAGUUUCUGAUAGUGAUUCCGAUUCCGACUCAGAUGAAAGUGAGAGUGGUGACUCUAUUCAUCCAAUGGAUGGUCUACUUGCUCUUUUACUGUGUUGUGAUACUUUUCUUCGUCAGGAUCUCUUCUGCAGAAUGGCUACCAGUCAUAUUUCUGUACCUCUUCUUCUCCCCAACCCUCACACUGGAGAUCCCACACUAUUAUUGUGGGCGCUGAGGUCAAUUGUAAAAGAAUUUAAAUUACCAGAUGGAAAAACAUACAGCGGGCGCAUUAUUUCCUAUCAAACCCCAUUUGUGUCAUUUUUAAGAGUGGGCAAGCACUCCAUUUCAAAAUCAGAAAUUUUAAAUGGUGUAAUAAACAAAACCAAUUCAGAUAACAAAAUUGAAGCUUUCAUUGGAUAUAACUCUCCUGGUGGAACAAGUUGCAAACGUUUAGUGAAAGGUUUGGUUGAACUUACCUGGUACCUUCCUGGUAAUGGACUAUUUUCUCAACCUAUUGCAUUCACUAACUUAAGGGGUGAUGCCUGUGAUCCAGAUCUUCAGAAGCAGGUAAACGUUCUUUGCUCUAUAUCUACUGUGUCUGUUGUAUUGCUUGCAAACAAUAUGUUGGACGAAGAUGCUUCCAGAGGUUCAACCAUCAACCUACUGAAACAACUUUCCCAAGCUCCAGAAGGAUUAAUUAUCCUUCAGAGUAAAAAAGACAAAAAAGGAUUUAAAAGUCAAAUUUCAGGGUGUAUUGGUGAAACUCUCUUCAAAACAAAAUGUACACUUGUUAACUGUGACAAAAGUGUAACUGUCUUUCUUGAAAAUUUGCAAACAAAGAUAAAAAAUAAACUACAGACUACUAAUGUACAGCCCUCAUUAGUAGAAAUGGCUAAGAAAUGUAACAUAACUAUCGAUGAAGAUGUCUUUGAAUGUGUUAGAGGAAGGCAACUUAUGGAGCAGCUUUUUAAAGUUGUAGAAGAUCAUCGAAGGCAGAAUCCUACAAAAGUCCUAAGGACUUACUUCCUCUCCAGAGUGAAAAGUAUUGGCAUCGAUGGGCUGAUUUAGAUAAGGAGCAGUACAGACAGAAAAGGAAAUACCAGCAUGAAGUUAGUAGGGUACACUGGCAGGAGAAAGAAGAACCGAGAGAGAGACAACGAAAAGUGGACUGGACAGCAAUGGAAUACGGUGAAGAACAAAGAAGAAGAAUGAACGAAAUAAGAAUAAAACAAUACCCUCUUGCAACAAAGAGUAGCGGUUUACUGUUUUUAUUUCUGGAAACUCUCAGAAAAGAGGAAAAGAAAGUAUUACAGUACUAUAUGAUAUGGUUAAAGUUCAGAUUGGAUGACCUUUCUAGGGAUAUAUUGCCUCCCUUUUAUGUGGAUAUUCGAAAGAAACGUAAGGAAUUAAGUGAUAUUCAACAGAAACAUGAUGAAGUAGCGGAGAAAAAAUGUCAGGCAGAACUAAAGCAUCUUGAUCAUCAAUUGCUCCAUGCCUCAUUUGGACUAGAGCAUCUAUUUAGAGAAGUUGGCCAGAUGUAUGAGGCUGUGGAAGAGCAGACGGAUGCAACAAAUGAAUUAAUCGGAUAUUUACCACAAAUGGCAGCACAAUUAUUAUAUGAUGGCUUUCCACUUGAAUUGUUAGACGGUGAUGCAUCCCACAUUCCUAAAAAAUGGAUAUCAAUGGUUUUUAAUAGCCUAGCUGAAAUUUUGCAACAAAAACAUGGUUUUGACCCCCAUGUCUACAUAUUAUCAGUCCUUGGUGUUCAAAGCACUGGAAAGUCAACAUUACUUAACACAGUUUUUGGAGUCCAGUUUAGUGUCAGUGCCGGGAGAUGCACACGUGGAGCAUUUAUGCAACUAAUCCCUGUCCAUCAUUCCCUGCACAAACAAAUGGGAGUUCAGUACUUUCUUCUGAUUGAUACUGAGGGUCUAAGAGCCCCAGAACUUGAUAGACUUGAAGUACGUGAGCAUGAUAAUGAGCUCGCAACCUUUGUCAUUGGAAUGGCGAACCUUACACUUAUUAAUGUAUCAGGAGAAGUAUCAGGGGAUAUAGAUGAUAUUCUUCAUACUGUAGUUCAUGCAUUUCUUAGAAUGAAUCAGGUACAACUGAAACCCAGCUGUCGCAUUAUCCACCAACAUGUUGUGGCUGUGGGAGCAGAUGAAAAGUUGAUGCAGGGACGCCUGAAAACAAAAGACAAUCUUGACAAAAUGACCAAAGCAGCUGCAAAAGAAACUGGUGUUGAGGUGCAUUACACACAUUUUUCUGAUGUCAUCAAAUUUGACCAUGAAUACGAUGUCUCAUUUUUUCCAGAUCUCUGGAACGGUAAACCUCCAAUGGCAAGAGUUGAUUCUGGGUAUAGUGAAGAAGCUCAGCAAUUAAAACUGAGCGUAAUAGCCAGCAGCAGAGCCAUUGCAAAGCAUUCUGUUCCCAACAUUAACACACACUUGCAAAGAUUAUGGAAAGCCAUACUUCAAGAAGAUUUUGUGUUUACAUUCCAAAACACUUUUGAAAUAAUUGCUUUCAAGACGUUGGAAGGAAAAUAUGGGGAUUGGUCAUGGUAUUUCAAAAGUGACAUGAGUGAAUGGGAACGAAUGGCAGAAAAGAAACUAUGUCGAUGCUCACCAGAAGAAAUAGACCACGCUCGUGCAACACUUCUGCAAUCAUUACAACAAUUUUCUCACGAAAAACAUCAGAAGUAUGAGAAAAUGAUGCUUGAUUAUUUCGAUGAAAGCAAUAAUGAAAAUAUGUUGAAAUGGAAGCCAGAUAUGAUGCCAAGACUACAGCAUUUAUGCGACACACUAGAACGGCAUGCAGACGAACACUGUACACAAGUCUAUCAAGCCCAGAGGGAUCGUACUGAAGCCGAUAAUGAAAGAGGGGAGCUUAAUACCAUGAUUCUAGAGCGUAUUCAGCAGUUGAUAGUAACUCUUGGAGAGAGAAAAGCAACAAAGGAUGAACUAAUAGGAAUAUUUGAUGAUCAAUGGUGUCAAUGGAUGAAAAGGUUAACAUCUAAAUUAAAGUCUUUUGUACAACCCGAUGUUGCAAAAGAAGUUGAGAAUUGCCUAAAUAGAGAAUCUUCAUCUGAUCAGAAAAAAUAUGUUAAUGAGAAGUUGGGAGAUAAAGAAUCUGGUAAGCAGCUGCGAAAAUGGGGGGUACGCUUAGUACUAACAAUCCAAGAGCAUCACAUCAAGGUCCUCCAACCAUCCAUCUGGGGAACAAACCUCAUACCAUUUUGGAAUAAAAUGCCAAAAAUUCAAUCUUUCUUUCCUUUAGCUCAACAACACACAUCAACUACUUUAAGUGCAGUAGAAGCCUCUUUGAAAAAAAUAAAACACUCUGAUAGAAACUUCAGUCCUCAGUUAGUAACAGAACUCAUUCAUCUCAUAAAAGAGAAGAGAAAGGUACAGUUGGAAGGCUUUAAAUUCACAGACGAAUAUGAUGUUGACCUAGCUCUUACAGCAUGUGGGUACGCCAUUUCAUUCUUUGAGAAGAUGGCAGAAGCGUUUAGGAGAAAACACGAUCCUAAAGUAUAUGUUGAGUUUGAAAUGAAGCCUCAGUUCCGGAAAUUAUUUUUGAAUAUGUACGACAAAGUUGGUAACGAGAAAAUAGUAGCAGACACAUUAUGUUACCAAUUGGAAGAGCCAGUUAAAGCGUUUGUUAUUGAGAGCCUUCCCUCAAAAAUUGUUAGUGAAAUGAGAGGCAAAUAUCCCUACAUUAAAGACAAGCAAAGUUUCAUUGCAAAUAUUCUUCUCGAGAUAGGUGAAAUGCUAAAUAAUCAAUCAGAGGAUGGAUUUAAGCUUUGUAUAUGUUUUUUUAACUGAUGUUAGGGCAAGUAUUGAGUGGUGGUCUGCUCACUUUGUUCAGAAGCACUGUAAUUCUGGUUCCCCUCCACGCCUUUAUGAAAUCGCAACAGACGAAUUAAAUGAUAUAAUUGAUCUUAUAAUUGAAGGGGCGAAGAAGGUAACUGCUUCUCGUGAAUCUUUUUCCAUGAGUGAAUGGCUACAAGAGUUUCAUUCUGUUGCAUUGGAAGGAAAGAUAAACCUCAAUCAACAGAUAUAUACUACAAGCCAAGAAUUUUCUGAUGUAAAAUUCUUUACAAAAGAAGUUAUUAGAGGGCUUAAUGAGUUAAAGAAAAAAAAAUUAAACCAAUAUUUUUCUGAAAAUGGAUAUUUAGAUAUUCUAAAGCGAGAACUACCUCAUGAAAUUAUAUUCGAAAUGGUAGCUGGAUGUACAGAGCAGUGCCCAUUUUGCAAAGCACAAUGCGAGCUUACUUCUGACAAACAUUCCACAAAUAUUAAACACCAAACUCAACACCGUCCUCGAUGUCUUGGGGGUAGACGCUGGGAGGGACAAAAUACAAUGGUCUUAGAUGUUUGCACUUAUUCUGUUUCUUCUGAUUCUGAUACUUGCUUCAAAACUGAACGUUCGGAAUGGAAAUGGCACGCAUAUAAGGACUAUGUAAAAAUAUAUCCAGAGUGGACAAUUCCUGCAGAUAAAUCCCUAGAAUCGUCUUUAUUUUGGAAGUGGUUCAUUGGAAACUACUCAAGCAAAGUUGAAGAUUUCUUUGGGCACGAAGAAACUGAAAUCCCAAGUGAAUGGAAAAAAUUAAAGUGGGCAAAUGUCAAGGAGUGGCUUAAAAAAGAAUACCAUUUGUAACAGCUAAUGACAUUGAUAGCUAAGUAACAGCAGAGUUUGUGAUUUACACAUCACUAGUAACAUUAUUGUAGUAUAAACAUUUAUUUCUGGAAACAUGCAAAACAUUUUUGGCGUUAUGUGAAUAACUAUGAGAGUCAGAGUUGCGAUGUGAUGUAGAAUAUGCUCUAUGUAGGGAUGUCUAAAGUUU